AUGUCCACACUGAUGGCCACAAAUGCCUUCAAGGCUGCCCUCUCCCCAAAGAUGUCCACGCGCGGGGGUCGCAGGGGGAUGUCGGUCCGUGCCAACGCCCGAGUAGACCGCUUCAGCAAAUCGGAUAUUAUGGUGGCUCCCUCCAUCCUGAGCGCGGAUUUCAGUCGCCUGGGUGAACAGGUCAAGGCCGUGGACGAGGCAGGCGCCGACUGGAUCCACGUCGACGUCAUGGACGGCCGCUUUGUGCCCAACAUCACCAUUGGGCCCCUGGUGGUGGAUGCCCUGCGCAACAUCACCGACAAGCCCCUGGACACCCACCUGAUGAUUGUGGAGCCAGAGCUGCGUGUGGCUGACUUUGCCAAGGCCGGCUCCGACAUCAUCUCGGUGCAUGCCGAGCAGUCCUCCACCAUCCACCUGCACCGCGCCAUCAACCAGGCAAGCCCUCAGGUUCCCCUUACCACCCUCUGCGGCGCGCAGAUCAAGGAGCUGGGGUGCAAGGCGGGCGUGGUGCUGAACCCUGGGACGUCCCUGGACACCAUCGAGUAUGUGCUGGACAUCGUCGACUUGGUGCUGGUCAUGAGCGUCAACCCUGGCUUCGGGGGCCAGAAGUUCAUUGCGUCCCAGGUCCGGAAGAUCAAGGCGCUGAAAGCCAUGUGCGAUGAGCGGGGCGUCAACCCCUGGAUCGAGGUGGAUGGCGGCAUCGUGCCGGACAACGCCUGGGAGGUGAUCGAGGUUGGGGCCAACGCACUCGUCUCCGGCAGCGGCGUGUUCAAGGCCCCUGACUACGCCAAGGCGAUUGCCGGGAUCAAGGCUAGCAAGAGGGCUGGACAGAAGGAGCUGGCCCAUGCCUGA